GUCCGGCGGUAGCGCUUAGUAGUGACCGAUAGAGAGUUGCGUACGGAGGUAACCGUGAUUGGCACGAUCGAAAACGAAAGUGAAAACAUCGCCGCGAAAAAGUAGCCACAGAGGUUGAACAAAAAGAACUACGAAGCACGUAAAAGUAACAAAGCCAACAAAAGCAAUGAAGCACAUGACAAUGGUUGCCAUUUUGGCGAUGGUGGUAGUGGUGGCCAGCGCCCAGAAGUACACCGACAAGUUCGACAACAUCGAUGUUGACCGUGUGCUGUCAAACGAUCGAAUUCUCAACAACUACCUCAAGUGUCUGCUCGAUAAGGGACCAUGUACCCAGGAAGGUCGUGAGCUGAAGAAAACACUACCCGACGCACUGAAAACCAACUGCGAGAAGUGUAGCGAGAAGCAAAGGACAAGCUCCCGCAAGGUAAUCGCCCAUCUCGAGGACCGUAAGCCACAGGAAUGGAAGAAACUGCUUGACAAGUACGACCCGGAAGGUAUCUACAAGAGCAAGUUCGAGAAGCUCAACAAGCGAUCUUAGAGAGCGAGAGAGCGGGGACAAUCUACCCCCUUUGGUUCAGCUUUUCCAGCAACGCCGUACAUUUUGUUGGAUCAUGAAGGGACAUGGAAGUGAGGACGUUUUUUUUUCGUUUGUUUGAAGAAUGUGAUAUAAUUGUGCGCAAGAAAGACCGAAAACAUCUAUUCCGGGAGCAAGUUGUAGCGUAGCAGUUGCUAAAGCCCAGCCCAGGGUUUUUGAGGAUGCAUUUUUGUUGUUUGAAAAUUUAUACUCAUUUUGAACACAGUAGUUCCUCACGGCUAUAGGGAAAGAAAAAGAUACAGACAGACAGACAUGGGUAGCUAGUGUAACGAGCCAUAAUUUAUUUGAUUUGCUAUCCGUGAAUUGAUAAUAAAAA